GUUCACGUAAUGGGGUUAAAAUUAAUUUUGGGCUUAUAUAUUACUAUUGUAUUAAAUUAAACAUUAGAAACAUUGGUAACAAUAUCAUGUCCAUAUGGUCAUUGAUUAUUAAAUCAAAUAUCAAAAAUUGAAGAAACGAUCAAAGAAAAGGUUCAUAAUGAUCUAGAAAGUGAUUUUCAAUGUUCAAUUUGUAAUGAAUUAAUGGUUAAGGCGUGUACAAUUAAUUGCAGCCAUACAUUUUGUGAAAUUUGUUUAAAUACUUGGUUGAGAGAAAGUAAUGUGUGUCCUCUUUGUCGAACUUCAGUUCAAACCAAAACUCUAUGUCUAUCUAUGGAUAACUUUAUUACUAAUAUUAAUAAUCUUCUUGGGAACGCAAUAAAAGAACACCGGGAAAAAAUACAACAAGAAAAAUUGACAGUUAAUGUCCCACGAGUACCACAAAUGGCUUGGAGAGGUCGUAGAAGAAGAGUUAUACGUCGAAAUAUAUAACCUGCACAUGUUCAAUGAGAAAUAGUGCAAAGAAUUCAUGAAGUAAAUUUAUUAUUAUUAUUAUGCGUAUAAUGUUCACCAAAUCGUUUCCACUGGCAACGACACCGCCAGCGACGACGUUUCCUCCGAACGGUCCAGCAUUACCAACAUCAAUGUCCACCGCGCGAACAAUUUCAAUCUACACGGUGCCAACUUCAAUUGUUACAAUUCAGGAUAACUCGGGUACGGAACCUGACGUGUUGUGUACGCGAUACUUACAACCAGUGGUGUAGUCCUAAAAAUGUUUAUGGGUAUACGCCUAUAUUAUGAAUAGAUAAUAACGUGGGGGGCUUCGCCC